AUGAGCGCAGCUGCUAUGUCCGGCUUGUUUCUGGGUGUAGCUUCGCGUCCCCAGAAGCAAAGUGAGCCUGCCUGUCGCUACCUACCCGGAGACUGUCACUGGCCCAAGGAUGAGAAAUGGAAUCGUCUCAACGACACAACUGGAGGCAAGCUUAUUCGCAGUUUUCCCUUGGCGCAAGCCUGCCAUAUGCCAAUCUUUGACCCGGGAAGUGAUAUAUGUAUUGGUGUCCAGAAGCAAUGGACAUCGGGACAGACAUAGUCCGUAACCCCCCAUGUCUUUACCUCCGAUCUGCACAUUAAACUUGAAAGCUUACAUAGAGUUUAGCUAUGAAAACUCGGUCCAUGUCAUGUCCCCGUACUGGCUUAAUGGAUCCUGCAGUCCCUUUGAGGCCUCGAAUACUGGCUGCACUUUGGGUAAUAUUGCAGUGUACGCUUUGGAGAUCGACGGUCCUGCCACUGUCAAAGCCGGAUUGGAAUUCGCCAGGGAAAACAACAUUAGGCUUUCUAUUAAGAAUACGGGACAUGAUUAUUUGGGAAGAUCAUCUGGUCGAGGGUCCUUGGCACUGUGGACUCACAAGCUAAAGGACAUAACAUUUCUCGACUAUAGCAGCCCUCACUACUCAGGACCAGCCCUCAGAGUUGGUGCCGGCAUCCAGUUCUCAGAGGCUUACUCUGCGGCAGAGACCCAUGGCCUCCGCAUAACGGGUGGAUAUUGCCCUACGGUUGGGUUUGCUGGAGGCUACGUCCAGCACGGCGGGCACGGUCCUCUGGCAGCAAGCUAUGGGUUGGCCGCCGACAACGCUUUGGAAUUCGAAGUCGUAACCACCGAUGGGCGUCAUCUGACCGCCUCGGCCACUGAGAACUCGGACUUGUACUGGGCCCUGAGUGGCGGUGGCCCUGGCAACUACGGUGUCGUCUUGUCUUUGACGACCAAGGCGUAUGCUGAUGGUCCAACUGCUGGUGCGACACUAGCAUUUAUCAAUACAGACCCGGAUAAAUACUGGAAGGCUGUAGGGGCUUUUCAGUCUCACCUCCUCGCGUUGGAUGAAAUCCACGGGUUUGCAACGUCCUGGGGUUUGGAUAACCAAGCCUUUUCAGUUGACGUUGCCACGCUGCCAAAUGGAACCCAAUCCGACAUUCAAGCAGCUUUGAAUCCAUUUAUCAAACAACUAGAACAUAUUGGUCUAGCUUUAGCGAAGUAUAACACCACGUUAUUCCCUAGCUUCUACUCCCAUUACAAACAUUACGAAUUUCCUCCCGAGAUCUACUCAACCAACAACACCCUUGGCGGUUGCCUUGUCCCACGUUCGACCAUAAAGAAUAGCCUACCGCAGCUCAUUGAUGCAUUUUGCCAAAUAGCAGAGAGCCCUCAGUUUCCGGUGAAGCGUAGCAGCGGAAACUCGGUCAGCGUCUCUCGGCAACGUAUCUAUCAGGACCUCACCCGGAAUGCCGUGCUUCCUGCGUGAAGAGACGCUCUGUACACGAUGAGCGUUGGCGUCCAAACUAGCCCCGAACUAUCCUCAGCUGAACUAGCCGUAGUUCAACAACAAGUCAAUAAGUGGCAAGAUCUCUUCCGCCCCUUGAGACCCGGCGGAGGAGCCUAUGCGAGCGAGGCCACCUUCGAUAACCCCAAUUGGAAAGAGGACUACUUCGGGCGGAACUACGACCGUCUGCUUAAGAUUAAGAUGAAAUACGACCCCAAGUUCGCUCUCUGGCAGCAUACAUCUGUUGGUGCUGACGCUUACUGGAAGGUUACCGAAGCUGGACGACUGUGCCGUGUCCCCUAA